AUGUCUAUGCAAAGAUUAGAUGAAUACGUGGCUCAUGAUGUCAUCAGUAAUAAAUCCAAUGUCAAGCGAGAAAUGCUCGUAAAGGAAUAUAAGCGAAUUGGGCAAGGUGCAUUUGGCACGGUGGUGCAAGCUUACCUAACACCGGAUAAUCAGAAGUGGUUGGGUCCUUUUGCCAUUAAGAAGGUUCCUGCUCAGACUGAGUAUAAAUCUAGAGAGUUAGAGAUUUUACGAAUUGCGGACCAUCCAAAUGUUGUCAAAUUGGAAUAUUUCUACACUCAUAUCUCACCAACAGAUCAUAAAUUAUACCAACAUUUGGCGAUGGAAUGCUUGCCCGAAAUGCUACAAAACGAAAUUUUACGAUAUAAGAAGAAUAACUUGGAGUUACCGUUGAAGCACGUUAAACUAUACGCCUACCAAAUUGCUAGAGGUAUGCUUUACCUACAUGCACUAGGAAUAUGCCAUAGAGACAUAAAACCUUCAAACGUCUUGGUUGAUCCACAAACGGGUAUAUUGAAGAUUUGUGAUUUUGGAUCAGCGAAAAAGUUAGAAUCGAACCAACCAUCGAUUAGUUACAUCUGUUCAAGAUAUUAUAGAGCUCCAGAAUUGAUUGUAGGAUGUACACAAUACACAACAAAGAUAGAUAUUUGGGGAUUAGGAUGUGUAUUGGGAGAAAUGCUCUUAGGUAAAGCAGUAUUCCAAGGCCAUCAACCAUUAUUACAACUACAUGAAAUCACAAAAUUACUCGGGCCUCCUGACAAAAGGUUCAUCUUUUUUUCUAAUCCAUCGUACAAUGGACCUUUAUUCUCCAAGCCAUUAUUUGAAGGAGCUCCAAAAGCAAGAUUCGAGAAAUAUUUCGGCUACGCUGGACCAGAUGGUGUUGAUUUGUUGAUGAGUGUGUUGGUAUACGAACCUGAAAGAAGAGCUUCUCCAAGAAGGAUCCUUGCACAUCCAUUCUUUGAUGAUUUAAGAAAUGAGCGCUAUUUCUUCCCUAGCGGAAGUUCACAACCUAAACAUUUACCUCCUCUUUAUGACUUCUCUGAUUUCGAAUUGCAAGUCAUUGGCGACCUUUUUCCAAAGAUACAGCCAAAGCAAGAUUGA